AUGGCCGAGGGCGGCGGGGCCGCGCGGAGGAGGGCGCCGGCGCUGCUCGAGGCGGCUCGCGCGCGCUACGAGAGCCUGCACAUCUCGGACGACGUGUUUGGCGAAUCGGGCCCGGACAGCGGCGGGAAUCCCUUCUACAGCACGUCGGCCGCCUCGCGCUCCUCCUCGGCCGCCUCCUCGGACGACGAACCCGAGCGCCUCGGCCCCGCGCGGGGCCCCGGCUCCCCGGCGCCUGGCGCCCCCACCGCGCAGGAGUCGGAGGAGGACGAGGCUGGCGCGGGCUGGAGCUCCACACUGCGGGACCGCCCGCCCCCGCGCUUCGAAGACACUGGCGGUCCCACCCGGAAGAUGCCCCCCAGCGCCAGCGCCAUGGACUUCUUCCAGCUCUUCGUCCCUGACAACGUCCUCAAGAACAUGGUGGUGCAGACCAACCUGUACGCCAAGAAGUUCCAGGAGCGGUUCGGGAGCGACGGCGCCUGGGUGGACGUGACGCUGCCGGAGAUGAAGGCGUUCCUGGGCUACGUCAUCUCCACCAGCACCUCCCACUGCGAGUCGGUCCUCAGCAUCUGGAGCGGCGGCUUCUACAGCAACCGCAGCCUCGCGCUGGUCAUGAGCCAGGCCCGCUUCGAGAAGAUCCUCAAGUACUUCCACGUCGUGGCCUUCCGCUCCAGCCAGACCACACACGGCCUCUAUAAGGUCCAGCCCUUCCUGGACUCCCUGCAGAGCGGCUUCGAUUCUGCCUUCAGGCCUUCCCAAACCCAGGUGCUACAUGAACCCCUGAUUGACGAGGACCCUGUGUUCAUUGCCACAUGCACGGAGAGGGAGCUGCGGAAGAGGAAAAAGCGGAAAUUUAGCCUCUGGGUCCGGCAGUGCUCUUCCACCGGCUUCAUCAUCCAGAUUUAUGUCCACCUGAAGGAAGGCGGUGGCCCUGAUGGGCUGGAUGCACUGAAGAACAAGCCCCAGCUACACAGCAUGGUGGCCAGGAGCCUGUGCCGGAACGCGGCCGGGAAGAACUACAUCAUCUUCACUGGGCCCAGCAUCACCAGCCUGACCCUGUUUGAAGAGUUUGAAAAGCAAGGGAUCUACUGCUGUGGCCUGCUCAGCUCCAGGAAGAGUGACUGCACCGGCCUGCCGCCCUCCAUGCUAAGCAGCCCAGCCACACCACCUGCCCGGGGCCAGCACAGCAUCCGGAUGAAGGGGAGCAUGUCCCUGAUCUGCUGGUACAACAAGGGGCACUUCCGCUUCCUGACCAAUGCCUACUCGCCCGUGCAGCAAGGAGUGAUCAUUAAGAGGAGGAGCGGGGAGAUCCCCUGCCCGCUGGCCGUGGAGGCCUUCGCGGCCCACCUCAGCUACAUUUGCAAGUACGACGACAAGUACAGCAAGUAUUUCAUUUCUCAUAAACCGAACAAGACCUGGCAACAGGUAUUCUGGUUUGCCGUCAGCAUAGCGGUCAAUAACGCCUACAUUCUGUACAAGAUGUCAGACGCCUACCACGUGAAGAGGUACAGCCGGGCCCAGUUCGGUGAGAGACUCGUGCAAGAGCUGCUGGGCCUGGAGGAUACCUCUCCAAGCCUCUGA